AUGGCCAAGUGGAAUAUGAUCCCUUCCAAAGUCGAUGUGCUUAUCACCCACACACCGCCACUUGGCCAUGGUGAUUUCAACAGCUGGAACAAAUGUGACGGUGUUUUGGCUGGAUGCGCGGACUUGUUAAACACUGUGGAGAAGCGAGUAAAGCCGAAAUAUCACGUAUUUGGACAUAUCCACCAAUUACAUGGCACAACAACGAAUGGUCACACAACAUUUAUCAACGCAUCCAGCUGUGAUCACAAAAUGAGGAUAGAAUACGAUCCAAUCAUUUUCGACAUCCCUCUACCGCCUGGCUGUAGCAAGAAAUGA